CUUCUAAGCAGUACUGCCGGAAGUGACUGCGGGCGAGCCGGCGUUUGCGGAGGUUAGGAGAGUUCCGGGUGUCUGUGCUAGUGGCUGCUUUCGGCGCGAGAGAUGCCGGGUCUGGUGGCCGCAAGCCCUGCGCCUUCUGAGUCGCAGAAGAAGCCUCUGAAGCCCUGCUGCGCCUGCCCGGAGACCAAGAAGGCGCGCGAUGCGUGUAUCAUUGAAAAAGGAGAAGAGCACUGUGGACACCUAAUUGAGGCCCACAAGGAGUGCAUGAGAGCCCUGGGAUUUAAGAUAUGAAAUGGUGGUCUGCUCUGUGAAUGAAUAAUUCCUGAAGAAUGAAGAACAUUAAAAAAUUUUGGAAAUUCUUCAGUGAACUUUAAUAAAUGGAAAAAGCAUUUGUAAUUUAUUUUUUAAAAAAAGGAAAAUAUCCCUGGUCAGAUAUCUUCAGGUGUGUUUCUUUUUGUGUUCCUCACAUCCUCAUACAGCAUUUAUUUUGCUUCAAAUAAACAAAUCUUGUACUAUUA